UACAGUGGCCAAGACAAAAAAAACUUUUGAAUCUGGAAGCGUGCAGAGCAGAGCAGCGUCUGGUGAAGAGUCAAACUGCCUUUGCCAAAUGUAGAAGCAGCAUAGAUUGCACAAUUAAUUACAGAGCAAAAGGGGCCUCAUUUGCUUCUUAACAGUGUGAGGGCUGGUAACAGCUCCAAACCAUUCACUGACAGGACUCUCUCCCGAUAAAAGAAAACUCAAAACUGAAACGAGUCCUUUGCAGUAAAAGCCUCAGACCUGCGAGCAGCCAGGGACCAUGAUGUCAUGAUGUUUUCUUUUUGAUUCAAAGGCACUGAGAGCCGGGUUCCUCAGGAUAAAGAGCACGGAGGAUGGAGCAAGCAGCGAGACUCCUUCUGUGCUAUGUACUCUUUUCUAAAGUGCAGUCAGCCUUCCUCUACACAAAUGUUCCUGCAAAUUCACUGAAUUUGGAUAGCGUUGUGGUAGCAUACCAUAAUCUAUCCGUCCCCGCUGGGUCAGAAGCAGUACUACAGUGCCACAGUCGUCGAAUGGUUUGGACCCACGACCGCCUGAAUGACCGUCAACGCGUGGCCCAUUGGGACUGGUACUCAAUCGGUGGUGAAUACAAGGUCAAGCGUGUUCUUGACAUGUUCUCAGCAGGUGAUCAGCGGGUCUACAACACCUAUGACGAAGGACGGAUAAUGAUGUCUGCCACAGCAUUUUCAAAUGGAAACUUCUCCUUAGUGAUAAGAGAUUUUAGACCAAACGACAAGGGGAUUUACACAUGUAACCUUCACCACCAUUACUGUCACCUUUACGAAACAGUCCGAAUUCAACUGAAUAUCACCAAGUCAGUGCGGAAGGUAAGGAAGUUUUGGGAUGGAGUGAAAGUGGUGGUGGUGGGCUUAGCUGGCUCAACAGUGGUGCUGCCUUGUGAAAAUCGCAACCACAUCUGGACUGAGAGACACAGCGAGGAAGAGCAACAGGUGGUCCAUUGGGACAGAUCACCUCCUGGAGUCUGGCAUGAUCAAGCUGACCGGCUGAUAGACCUCUAUGCCUCUGGAGAACAGCGAUCGUAUGGCCCACUCUUUAUAAGGAAGAGGAUGAAUAUAUCGGAAACAGCCUUCGCCGAUGGAGACUUUUCACUGAUCAUUUCUAAUCUUCGCCCAGGUGAUGAAGGACUCUAUUCAUGUGAUCUGCACCACCAUUACUGCGGGAUUCACGAGAGACGGAUCUUCAAUCUCUUCAUCACAGAGCCAGUUAAAGUGAACUUUACAAUCAAGACAAUGUCUACAGUGGUGGAAGUUCCCAAAGUUAUCAACGUUUUUAUUCCGGAGCAACCUUCACAUUUUCUUCAUCAGCUGGGAUAUGUCUUGGCCACAAUCCUCCUCCUGGCCAUCCUGAUAACCAUUAUCGCAUUGGUCACCCGCAGACGGAAAAAGAGAGGUCUUCAAUAUAAUGUGAAGAAAUCCCAACCCAGAAUAGAGGUGAACCUCAAUGACUUUGUGCUCGAUACAACUGACAUCAAACCAAACAAAAAUGAUGAUAUAAAGUUGGGUACAUGCGAUAUUGACUAUAAGAACAACAUCCUAAAAGAGAAGAUUGCAUUGUCCAAAGAGAAAGUGGAACUGAUCAGAGAGCUUCCACCGAAGAACAUAGAUAAAGAUUUUGAGAAGAAAUAUUGGAAAUAAAGAGUAUGAAGCUACUGGCUGGAUCCAGAAGCUAAUCAGUGAAGGAUCAAUAAAUAAUAGAAAGUCCACUGGCUUAUAUCAAAAUCCUUCAAUAAUACAGCGCUUAAUGAAAAGUAUAUGUAUUAAUGUACUAUCACAAACAUACACAGAGGCUGUUUGGCAAAUUGUACAGAUGUACAAUCUUGGGUGAUUUUCAUUUAUCAGCAGUUUUGUUUCAUUAGAAAGUUUGACUUGAUGAGGGAGGGCACCAAUACCAAUGUUUUCUGAUAUUGAUCAUCAGAAGGGCAGCAGUGAGCACUCAGCUGUAGACUGAGGAUUGUAAAUCUGUAGAUUGGCAUUCGCAUGUGCUAGAGGUUUGCAAGUAGUGCAAGUGAUUUUAGCUCCACAAACAAGGGGUUAAUGCCUGUUUGCGAGACCAUUUCAAAGCGUUUGAAUGGAGUGUUAUCUGAAUUGAAGGAAAAGGUCACUCAAAUAGUUUGUAAAACCAGAGCUGAAAAUACCACCUGUUAGCUAGCAAGAGUCAAAUUAUUACCCAGCUUUGUUGAAACAUUUAAAUAACAUCAGUGUCAUUAGUUCUGGUCCUCCAGUGCAUCUUUCCCUCACUCAGAUCCUGCAGCUCCAUCAGAUCUCCCAGGGCAUCUACCUCUCCCUCCCUCACAUUCUCCACUGUGUGUAUGUGGACCACUUACGUGUCUAUCCGUCUCUGUGAUUUUCCAUUGAUUCUCUAACCCUUCCUGUGUGAUUGUCCACUGUGUCUUAUCCAAUCCUUCACUAUGCAUGUCCUCUGUCUCUGAUCCUUCAUUGUUUUCCAACUGCAUAUCAUCCUCACAAUGUUCCUCUUCUGAAUAAGGUAAAUCUUAUUCUGUUUAGAAUUAAUUUUCUUUGGUUAGAGUUCAAAUAACACCUUUUGGAAGUGAAAAAUCCUGCUUGAUAACCAGUGGGUAUUUUAAAAUACAUCUCCAGCCCCAUGUAAAACAUUUCAUUACUCCCUGUGUUUUUCCCCAAGAAAUUGUGAUAAUUGUGAUGGUUCGACAGAAAGAUUCUUAGGAUUAUCUUAGACAAAUUUGUCAGAAAAGAAAACAGGAUUACUGGUGUGCCAUAAUGCUGAAAUUAUUGAUCUAUUUGUAAUGCAAUUAAAAAUGUUGAUCCAGUGAUAAUAUAAAAUAUACUGUGAUAUUGCUUGAAUCAAAUCACUUUGCAGUUGUCCAAAAAAGCACUGGAUUCAGCAAAUUCCUGUCUUAUGGUUGAAUUUGCUUUGGACAAUGUUGUAUCUAUGGCCUCAUCAUAACUGACAAGUCACUGACCCCAAGAUCAUGUGUCAGGUGUAUUGUGUUGCAACAGACACUGGAAAGGCACAGGAAGGGGCAGGACUAUUAGAUUGUUAUUUACAGUCUGAGCAUUAUGCAUGAGCAAGUGUGAUCCUCUUGAACAGCACUGACACAUAAACAUAGCAGGUGGCAUCCAAGUAACCACUUAGCAGGGCAUCACUCACUUUUCAUCAUAAGUUCAAUUUUCUUUUCCUCCACAGGACAACACAAGUUUUCUUAUACAAGUGACAGUAAAAUAUGACAUAUGAUUGAGAUUAACGGUUUCGAUGUUUCUCCUUUCAUUCUAUUUUGUCUAUCUUAUCAAGGGAGCAUAAUCUUAAAAUUAGAGCUAGGCCAUUUAGGGGUGAAAUCAGAAGGCAAUUUUCACCCAAAGGGUAGUGGAAAUCUGGAACUCUCUCCCCGAAAAGGCUGUGGAUGCUGGCUCCAAUCAAAUUUUCAAGACUGAGGUGAAUAAAUAUUUGUUAGGUAUGGGUAUCAAGGGAUAUGGGGCAAGGGCGGGUAAUUGGAGUUGAGGUACAGAUCAUCCAUGAUCUUAUAGAAUGGUGGAAGAGGCUUGAGUGGCUGAAUGUCCUACUCCUGUUCCUAUGUUCCUAUCUUAUCAAUCUACCUUAUCUAUUUAUCCUAUCCACCUAUACAUCUAUCCAAUUAUACUGUAUCUAUUCUAUCUAAUAAAAGUAAUGAUAGCAGGUUCCACCAAUAUCCCCAUCGCACGCAUAGAAAGUUCAUGUUGAUCUGCAGAUAUUGAUCUUGGUAUUGGUGCCAACAUACACUCUUCUCCAUAAUCCUAUUAGCCGCAGUUAUUUUACAGUCAGUGAUGUCUAUGUAGAUCUGUAAUGAGCUAGUAUGAGUAGGAUAAAGUUCGCUAUUAUGUCAAAUAUAGACAGUAAGAUGCUUGCGUGGUGGCUUCCAAGAUCCAGGUUCAACCAGACCCAAACCUAAGUCCCCUUCCCCUACUAUACGUAUGUAGUCAUUCAGGAUGAUUCAUCCUAUGGUUUUGGCCUGAGGCCACAAACAGUAGUCCAAGAAAGAAGCCUAGGUUUGGAAAGGAAUCCUGAAAGUAAAUGCAGUAUAAUCUCUGCAGACAAGACAGUUUUCCAUGUCACCUGAAGCCACAUGAUUGGGAUAACAAGCAGUGCAGAAUAUCAUAGAAAAAAAAUUUGAAUAUCAUUAUUCAAAUAAUGAGGAUUGACUGUAUUUCGUAUCACACGUUUUGAGUACAACAUCUCCAUCAGGCCACUUAUUACUUUAGGUAGGUUGACAGUCAAGAAAUAUAAUACUUUUAAAUUGUAUUUGAUCAGACAUCAGUCAUUAAUGUUUAGGGGGCAGGGCUCAUCUAUUGCUCAUUUUCACUGCAUCAGGUGUUUCUAUUUUUAUUUUGGGGUGUGCUACGUCAGGAGAUUUUUAUAAUACAAUACUUGUGUCUAAAAUGUUUUAGGAGAGCUAAUUGUGCUGCUCUCUUUGUUAUCAGUAAAACUAAUCUAUUGUACAUUAAGCUGUUAGUUCUGCUUUGCAUUCUGGCAGGUGCAAUCAUCGCUAUUAGUGCAUUCGGGCUGCUGUGUAUGAUUGCAAGGACUUCUCUGUCCCUGCACCAGAAAAUAACCUAUGUAUUUCUAAAAAACCUCUUUAUAGCUAAACGGAAAUGGUGUCUCUUUAAGAAAGCAAGUACCACUUUAAAACUUGGGGAAUUAGUGCCUGCUCACCAGCCAAUCAAAUCACAUUAUUAGGAUAAAGUAUCUGCUAAUCUGGAGUGCAUUAUAGUGUAUACAAUACGUGUAUGCUGGUCUGAUACAGUUUUUCAAUAUGCUCUUAUAUGAGCCAGUGUUCAUGAAUUUAAAUAAAAUAACAAGUAAAUAUC